UCUUUAAGGCCUAAUAGGAUAAAUUCAAACGACGUUAUUCUAUAGCUUCGUCAGAACCGUUGAUUCUAUUAUAUGGAAUAAUUAUGUCCAUUCCCAGCUCCUUUAAUAAUUCGGAGACUUAUUUGGAAGCUGCAUCCAAAUUUUUGAGUACGUACUCAUGGAUUUAUCGUACAUCCAAUACAAAUUGUCUCCUAUCCAUCGAGUCCAUGCCGCUUGAUUUAAAAGAUUAUUUUCUCAGCAUUUCAAAUGAAAAGCUCAAUUUAGUUCCUCUUUUACAAGAGAAUCUUGGUGAUUGUCCGUUGUCGCUUAUAAGUUUCAGACAAGAAUUGAAUAUUUUAACGCCGAAGCAAAUUGAAGACGUGAAUAACUCAAAUUGUAAAGUGACUCAAAAAGCUAAAAACCAAAAAGGAAUUUCGGCAAAGAAAAUGCUAGAAAUAAAGAACCUUUCCCAACACGUAAACGAUCAUUGUGCAGAGUCCCAAGUUUUAGUUGACUUGGGCGCAGGUUUGGGAUAUCUUAGCCAAGCGCUUUUUGAUCUAAAACCAAAUUACCUUAUACUAGGCCUGGAAGCCGAUAAGUCGCGAGUAGAAAAAGCCCGUCAACGACGUCUAAGUUAUUUGCCACCGGACGCCAUAAAGUCUGUAAUAUAUCAACAACAUUUUGUUAACGCAGACUCUAGCCCAUAUAUAAAUGCGUUAACUACAGAGCUUGCCAAAAAUAACGGUUUUUCGGAAGUGGUGACAAUAUCAAUUAUUGGCUUGCAUGCGUGUGCGGAUUUGAGCAUUAAUGCCAUGCUGUUAUUUUUAAAGAUGCCCAAAGUUCGAUGUCUUCACAUUAUGCCCUGCUGCUAUCAUAAGCUGGAGUUACGUUCACAUGGCAACGGAGUCCGCGAUCACAUUACUAACUUUCCUUUGAGUAAAGCUCUCCAUAAAUCAAUUCAGAAAACCAAUCAGAAUUUGUUCUUGAAUAGACCAUUUCUUAGACUCGCUUGCCAACAAACAAGCUCUCAUUGGGACCGUGACUGCACUGCCGAAGCUCAUGAGGAACACGGAUAUCGAAUGUAUAUGCGAGCACUUGCAGAGGCAGUUCUUAACACAACUGAAAUAGUAAAACCUAAAAAGAACAUUUCUUUCACACCUAAAUAUCCAAUAACCAUGUUUAAGUUAAGAAGUGGGUUUCAAGUAUUUUCAAAGGAAUCUAGUGAGUCAAUAGAAUGGAACUCGACACAUGAAGCAAAAUUUUUAGAAUUCAGUCUCAAGUACCCUAACACUCAGGGACCCCGCCUAGCCGAGGCGUUAACAUGUUUGCAAACAGCUAUACAGAAACUUUGUGAAAACGUUGUGCUUUUGGACCGCUUAUGUUACUUGGAGGAAAUGGCGGCUAGUCAAAAUAUACCGAUCAAGGCUCAAUAUAAAAUAUUACUGGACGAGAAGAUAUCUCCACGAUGUCAAGUUCUGGUUGCUGAAAAAUGCGGGCUAAAAUUUCCUGGAACAUAAGUCUUAUUUGGUUUUGAAGACCAUGUUGGAAUAAAAAAAGACUAAGAAAAUAUAUUUUUG